AUGCCGUCCAGCUGCUCACUGAUUGACCCCACGUUUCCGCCCUCGAUCCGUGAAUCCCUCAUCCGCCACACCCGUGACUUCAACAUCGUGCUCAAUGACAUCGCCAUCACACAUCUUUCCUACAGCGCUGAAUUCUCCAAGGCCGUCGAUGCACUUUUCUUUUCUUUUUUUGGUCAACAGUGUCAUUUGCUCAAUAUAACCUACUGCCCGCCAACUGAGGAAAUUCCAGAGAACAAGAGCUUAGUUGUGGUGGCAUACAAUCUGCUUGGAUGGAUCCACACUGACAUUGUUAGGAUUCCAGUCAAUGAUGACCAUCAUGUUAUUAGAGAUUCUAGCGGCAAUACCAUUGAGGCACAGUAUGUGGAGAUGGAUAAUGCUACUAUUAACUUGAGAAACUUCUACACAAAGGCCUACCUGGGAGUGUCAGCCAAAGAAAUCCCAAAUAUUGGCUCUUAUUUCAAGUAUCUGUGCCGCCAUUUGGAUGUAGCAUCUACUUUAUUUCUAAAGCUGGAUUUUCAAUAUUCUUCUCAUUAA